UUUAAGCUUAAAACUGGAAACUUUUAACUGUGUCCUCUUCGUGAUUUUUACAAGCUGAUGCUGCAUGUGAGAGGGAAGAAGUUGCAUUGUGAUUUUGGCCAGGGAACUAUUGGAUGACCCCCUCUAAAUUGAUAUUUUUCUCUGUUUGGCUUUUAAAAGCGUUAUCUAAGCAUUAGGAGGCGUUUAUAUUCUUGCAAUAAUCGAUGAGAAUGUCUCUGACGGACGCUGAGUUUGAACUCCAGGCGAGCAGCAGCAUCAUGAAGGAGUGGAGCGGUCAGGUCCAGCCGGCUCUGAUAGCAUCAUUCAUCAUCCUCUUCCUCCUGGAGGCGUGGCUGUGGGUCAGAAACCUGACGUUCAAGAGGAGGCUGCCGGGACCGUUCGCCUGGCCCGUGGUGGGCAACGCCAUGCAGCUGGGUCAGAUGCCACACAUCACCUUCUCCAAGUUGGCGAAGAAGUACGGCAACGUCUACCAGAUCCGACUGGGCUGCAGCGACAUCGUGGUGCUGAACGGGGACGCGGCCAUACGUCAGGCGCUCGUGCAGCGCGGCGCGGAGUUCGCCGGGCGACCGAACUUCGUGUCGUUUCAGUUAAUAUCAGGUGGACGAAGCAUGGUGUUCAGUAAUUACAGCAAACGCUGGAAGAUGCACCGGAAAGUCGCGCAGUCCACGCUGAGAGCGUUCUCGUCGGCCAACAGCAAAACCAAAAAAAACUUCGAGCAGCACGUGACUGGGGAAGCCACGGACCUGGUUCAGAUGUUCCUCAGGCUCAGCGCGGACGGACGCUAUUUCAACCCUUCUCACGAGCUGACGGUCGCCGCCGCGAACGUCAUUUGCGCGCUCUGCUUCGGGAAGCGCUACGGACACGACGACCCCGAGUUCCGGACGCUGCUGAGUCGCGUGGAUAAGUUUGGAGAGACGGUGGGCGCAGGUAGCCUGGUUGACGUCAUGCCGUGGCUACAGUCCUUCCCCAACCCGGUGCGCAGCGUCUACAAGAACUUUAAGAUCCUCAACGAGGAGUUUUUCGCGUACGUCAAGGACAAGGUCGUGCAGCACCGUGACACCUACGACCCGUGCGUGACCCGGGACAUCAGCGACGCCAUCAUCGGCGUGAUCGAGCACGGCAAAGACGGCGCGCCCACGCUGAGCAAAGACUACGUGGAGGGAACGGUCACGGAUCUCAUCGGAGCGGGACAGGACACCGUGUCCACGGCGAUGCAGUGGAUUCUCCUGCUGCUGGUCAAAUUUCCAUCAAUCCAGAGCAAACUCCAGGAGCAGAUCGAUAAAGUGGUUGGUCGUGAUAGACUCCCCUCGAUAGAAGACAAGAGCGACCUGGCUUACCUGGACGCGUUCAUCUACGAAACCAUGCGCUACACCAGCUUCGUGCCGGUCACCAUACCCCACUCGACGACCUCAGACGUGACCAUCGAGGGUCUUCGCAUCCCCAAAGACACCGUGGUGUUCAUUAAUCAGUGGUCUGUCAAUCACGACCCUCAGAAGUGGCGAGACCCUCACAUCUUCAACCCGUCCAGGUUCUUGGAUGCGAACGGAGAUCUGGAUAAGGACUUGACCAACAGCGUGAUGAUUUUCUCCACAGGCAAGAGGAGAUGCAUUGGAGAGCAGAUUGCCAAGGUGGAGAUCUUUCUGUUCUCCUCCAUCCUGCUGCACCAGUGCUCGUUUGAGAGCAACGCGCCGCAGGAUCUGUCCAUGGACUGCACGUACGGUUUAGCGCUAAAGCCACUUCAUUACGCAAUCUCAGCAAAACUCAGAGGAAAACUUCUUGGCUUGGUUUCUCCGGCAUGAGCAAAAGCAUUACAUCAUCAUCAUCAUCACCACCACAGUGCGUGUGUUGUGACUGAAUGCCAGAUCAUCAUGCAAAAACGUAUAUUCCUAUAACAAUGAGUAUAAGCUGCACUGAAUGCUGUAUUAUUGUGAUUAAUAUUUAACAAAAUAUUUACAUUUUAUAUACGGUAUGUUUGCAUUGAUCAAAUGAAUUGAUUUAAUCACAUCCAUAGAAUGUGCUGUGAGGUAACUGAAUAAGAUUAGCAGGGCUGCUUUCGUUUAGUUUUUGUAUGAAGUAACACACAAUAGCCAAUGUAUCAGUGAUUGUUAUAUCAUAUCACAUAAUGGUUUGUUUGUGAAAUUCAGAAGAACAGCUGUCAGAUGUUUCUCUUCUUCUCAUCAGCUUGGUUCAUGUCUAUGCAAAAUUUGCACUGUAGUGCAUAUAAUUCUGCUUAUGAGAAAUAAGCACAGUUAUACAGUCUGAUUAUGAGCUUCAGGUAUUUUACAUAUUAGACAUUUAUAUUUAUACCUACUACACAAUUAGUCUCUAUAAACAUUAGUCUCUGUAAAUUGAUGCAUUGUAUGUGUUGAAUGAGAUUGUGGUGAUUGAAUCUGUGCAAUAAGAGUGUUGAUCGUUCAGAACAUGUGUGAAGAUCUGCUAUGGCCACGUGCAUAGACUAGUCUUAAAAGUUAGUCAUUUUUCUUCAAGACUGAUCAUAAGUGUUACAUAAAGAGGUAUAUCUAAUUUCAAUCCAAAUAAUAAGACUGAUUAGCCCUAACUAAUUGCUAGUUGGUCAGACACAGUCUUAACUUCACGGCUGUGUUUAUGCAACCGGCCACCGAUGAGAUCUCAAAUCAUCUACAAAAUCAGCAGUUUUCAAAGACAUGUUUUUAUUUUGUAUUAGAAAUAUUAUAGUGAUGUUUACACUGAAUGUGGAAGUUUUUAAAGUUGAAGUGCAUGUCUUCAGGAAAUAAUACAAUAUUUUAAGAUUUUAUAUAUAUAUAUAUAAUUAUAUAUAUUUUCUCAAGGUAAAUAAGCUAUGUCUGGACUAAAAAAAGUACUGUUUUAACAUGAAAAUGUAAUCUAUAUCUUUGUUUACCCCAAAAUGUUUUUAUAUUAAAGGUG